AUAAAAUUUGAUUUGAUUUGAUUUGAUCUUAGCUUAGUAUAAAAGCUAAGAGCACAGGAAAACUGUUAUUUUACCUUAGCACAACUGAGACCAGGGCAAAACUAUUAGCUUACCGCACUGACCAAGAACACAGGAGAUAUUUUAGUUUAGUAAACUCUAUCCGUGUUCAGUACUAGUUAAACCAGUGCUUUGAAAUGUUUCCAAUUCAUUAACAGGGACCUCCCACAAGACCCAGACUCAUCACAAGAUCUUGGACCCAAACACUGACAGUUUUCUCCCACAGUAGCUCAGAACCUGGAUCAACUAACUGCACUACAUUAUUAGUGACACAUUUUAGAGCACUUAAUUAUAAUAAUAAUUAUCUUAAUGACCACUCAUUCAUUCAUUGUUAAGGCAGUAAAUAACACCUUGACAUGUAGUGGAGUAGAAGGAUAAAGCCAAUGGACAGAAAAUAGGUAAACUCAUAAAGUACAAAUACUUAAGUUUUACUUAAACGAAGAAACUGAGUAUAUGUAGGUUACUUGUAAAUUUAUUGUAUUAUGGAAAGACUUGGUUUUUUCAUAAUGUUAUUUUCCUCGCUUAAGUUGUAUGCAAAUGCAGUGAAAAAGCACAAAUAUAAAAAUAUAUGUAUAACUUUGCUUUUAACUAGGGUCACAAAAACACACGUUAAAUUUCUUACGUCCAACGGAAUUUUGAAUAGUUUGAGGCUCCACGCAACCUCAUCAAACUUUAUUUCAAACAUUUUUAUAUCUUAUUAUGCGCAUGCUGCUCUUGAGUCACAUGAGGCGCAUGCGCAGUGCCCUCGCUGUCGCAGCAUUUCCGUGUUGUGGAGCUGUCAGUAGAACAAGGCGGAGAUCACUACACACGAGAAUAACCAAAAAAGAACAGAAGAUGAAGAACAAAGUCAGCAGCACUCAAGUGGGUGUGAAAAGACGGUCAUGGUCCUGGCAGCAGUACCUGAACGAAGAGAAGGCUGAAGCUGCGCCUCUGACACUGUUUACACAGUCCCAGUCCUUUCCCAGUAGGAGAACUGGUUUUAAAGUUGGGAUGAAGCUGGAGGGCAUUGACCCACUCCACCCCUCCAUGUUCUGUGUGCUCACAGUUGCUGAGGUGACUGGCUGUCGGCUGCGACUCCAUAUUGAUGGGUACUCAGAGUGCUACGACUUCUGGGUAAACGCCGACUCGGCAGACAUCCGACCGACAGGCUGGUGUAAAGACCACAACCACAAGCUUCACCCGCCGAAAGGUCACAGUGAGACAGAGUUUGACUGGGAGACCUACCUUCAGUCCACUGGCUCUCAUGCUGCUCCGCCCACCCUGUUCGCCUAUCGCGCCGCAGACUGUGGGUUCAGGGUGGGGAUGAAGUUGGAGGCGGUUGACAGGAAGAACCCCGGACUUGUCUGCGUUGCCUCCGUUGCUGAUGUCAUCAACAACCGCUUCCUGGUUCACUUUGACAACUGGGACGACACAUAUGACUACUGGUGUGAUAGCAGCAGUCCGUACAUCCAUCCUGUGGGCUGGUGUGAAGAGCAGGGACGGCCUCUAACAGCUCCUCAGGGUCACCCCAACCCCGAAAACUUCCUAUGGGAGGAAUACCUGCAGGAAACUGGUUCCACUGCUGCUCCCAGUUCAGCCUUCACACUGAGAGCUCCACAUGGUUUCCAAGUGAACCACAGGUUGGAGGCAGUGGACAGGAGGAACCCCAUGCUGAUCCGUGUCACCACGGUAACAGACACAGAGGACUACAGGGUGAAGAUUCAUUAUGAUGGCUGGUCGCGGCAGUUUGACGUCUGGUGUGACAGCGAUCUCUGUGACCUUCAUCCUGUUGGCUGGUGUCAGCGCACAGGACAUCCACUGGAACCCCCACCAGGUUCCUCCCCCCUCUCCUCCCCCUCUCAGGGAGUGUGUCCCACCCCAGGCUGCAGAGGAGUCGGACACAUCAAAGGAGCCAAAUACACUGGACACCACAGUGCCUUUGGCUGUCCAUACUCAGACAUUAAUAUGCGUAAAGAGGUGGUGCUUCCUGAUAGGCUGGGAGGAGAGAGAGUCAUCACCCUUGUACCUGUUGCCAUGCAUCACCAUGGCAACCAGCCAGACAGAAGAGGUGUCCAGGUUAAGAUGGAGCCUGGAGAAAAAACUCUGCUGCUUCCUCUGGGGAAGAGGAGACGACAGGCAGACAGAUUGACUCAGCCAACCAAAUUCCUCUGUGUGAAACAGGAGGAGGAGGAGGAGCUUCACCUUGCUGCUCUCAAUCCAACAGAGACCAGUAUGUCAGCCACCCCCCCCCGCAGAUUGACUCAGCCAACCAAAUUCCUCUGUGUGAAACAGGAGGAGGAGGAGGAGCUUCACCUUGCUGCUCUCAAUCCAACAGCAGAGACCAGUAUGUCAGCCACCCCCCACCAGUCGGUCUUCCUGUCAGCCAUGUCGGUGCAGCCCGGCCGUGACCUAUCGCUCUGCUGGGAGCAACACCGCAAACUGCUGCCAGGGGUCGCCGGAGUCCACGCUGAGAACGUCCAGCACUGGAGUGUCCAGCAGGUGUCGGAUUUCAUCGAGUCACUCCCUGGCUGUGAGGAACAGGCAAAACAGUUCAGAGACGAGCAAAUCGAUGGGCGGGCCUUCCUUCUGCUCACCCAACGGGACAUCGUCAGGAUCAUGUCAAUCAAACUCGGUCCUGCCCUCAAGAUCUACAACUCCAUCCUGAUGUUCAAACACGCCGGGGACACGAACCAGUCACACAGUGAGAACAGGAACCGAUCAUAUGCCCAGGACAGGAGCCAAUCGAACGAGAAUGAUAGAAGUCAAUCACAUGUGAAGGACAGCAACCAAUCACACACACCAAGCAAAAAGACACCUGACACUGCAUCUCCAGACUGAGUCAAUAUGGAAACACCUGUU